GCAAUAAUUAGUUUUUCGAUAAGAAUAAAAAUCAGAAAAGUGCAACCAACCCCAAAUCAGAGCCGUUUAAAACAGUGAACUUUUGAAAUUCCCGCGCUUGUAGUCCGUAUUGAUUCCGGUUCGACCAUUACGUUUUAUUUCUAGUCCGCAGUCGCACAGUUUUUGACGAGCCAGUCUUGAAAAUUCUCGUGAGCUCGUGUGAGGUGAUUUUUUUAAAACCGUAAAAAUAAAUUUUUGUAUGAGUCAAAAAGUAGAAAAACCAGUUCUAUCCGGUCAACGCAUCAAGACCAGAAAAAGAGAUGAAAAGGAAAGGUACGAUCCAGUAGGGUUUAGGGAUGCAAUAAUCUCUGGACUCGAUCAAUGCAACAACAAUUUUGAAGCAAUUUCGCGUUUUUUGGACGGUGCAGGCAAUAAACAAGAUUAUCGUCGAUAUGGAGAAAGUCUUUUUGACAUACUCAUCGCUGGAGGCAUUCUUGUACCGGGAGGUACACUCUUGCAGGAAGGGGAGGCACCAUUCAAAACCUCCGCUUGCAUCUUCAAUUCACCUGACGAAAUAAAUAUGGAAAUUAUGAAAAGCUGGGAACAGGUUUUCAUUAAACUAAUGCGUCGCUAUAAAUACUUGGAGAAGAUUUUCCAAGAUGAAAUAAAGAAAGUGUUGAUGUUCGUGAAAUACUUCACUCCAGCCGAACGUAAAAAACUGUCUGUGAUGGUAUAUCUGUGGAUCUCGAAUGGCAGCAUUCCGUUCAGUGCUGUCCAAGUGUUGAGUAAUUCGCACUUGGUCAAGGACCAUUUGGCAUUGGAUUUCCUGAUCGAUGUGUUCAAGUAUUGGCGUCAGGACAAGGGUGUAAAUUCCCUGUAUUCAGCCAUUAAGAAAUCCAACAUCGAAUCACAUCUGAUGAGUUUCGUUCCCGAUACGAAACAAUCUCAGGUGUACUUCCGUAAUGCCUUCCAGGAGAACGGACUGGAAGAAAUUCUCAAGUUGUACAACGACCAACAUCAACAGCUAGCCAAGAAAGAGCUGCAAGUUAUGUUGGCCGAUAGCCUUUCUGAAAAUAAGCCCCAACGCGACAUUAUCACAGAAUUGCGCGAAUUUGCUGCUAAAGAGAAUAUACAAGAACAUGAAACGGUCUGCAUUAUCUGGACUACUCUUAUGGAUAUCCCCGAAUGGUCCAAGAAAGAAGAACUAGUUACCGACCAAGCUGUCCGUCAUUUGAAACUCUACACUAGUUUGUUCUCUGCGUUCACUCAGUCGGCUCGUUCCGAGCUAAAUCUGCUCUUAAAAGUACAGGAGUAUUGCUAUUCAAACAUGACUUUUAUGAGGGCUUUCCAAAAGAUCAUUAUGCUCUUUUAUAAGACGGAUGUUAUCUCCGAACAGGUUAUUCUUAAAUGGUAUAAACAGGACUACAGCGUUAAAGGCAAGAUGAUGUUUGUUGAUCAGAUGAAGCAAUUCGUUGAAUGGCUUCAAAAUGCUGAGGAAGAAAGUGAUUCUGAAGGCAGCACUGAAUAACACAACCUUCAUUGCAUCAGUGCCACCAAAUUAUCAACUAAAAAUACCAUUUUUUCCAAUGUAAUUAUAUCAUUGUAUAAACAUUUCUGGUGCCUUACUAUGUUGGUGUGCGGCAGGCAAUAGUGACCGGGGAUCUGUAUUACUUGUACUGACCUCUUCAAAUUAUUCAUAUUAAAGUAUUACUGCAUCGGAAAAAAUGUUAUUUGUAUCAAUAUCGCCAAUAUUGUCGACUCAAUGUUAUAUAUAAAUGAUUUAUUGUCAAUUUUUUUAAUAUACAAACAAAUUUUA